UCACGGGCAUUCCUCAAUUUUAACGCAACCCUGUUCUAUGUUGUUGGUAAGUUGAACGUAAUUGUAAUUACACUGACAUCGAACUCCUCCACAACGGAGGGAGAAGCAAGGGAAGAAUUGCUUGUGAUUACCGCAGGUCUUUGGUGGACAGAGGUUUGCACAUGUUGUGAACAUAGAGUUGUUAGGGCACGUUUUACAUUCUGA